AUGGCACCUGAUGGGAGUGCCGUUUAUUGCACUGCUUUAUCGCAAGCAGUGUUAAUCCAAUUACAGCUUGUCCUGACCGAUCACUAUCUUCCUGGCGCCGUGGUCCUGGCCCAUUCCUUGCGUGACAAUGGUACCAAGGCCAAGCUUGUCGCUCUCUACACACCGGAUACUUUACAGCACGCCACGAUCAAUGAGCUUCGGACCAUAUAUGAUGAGAUCAUACCCGUGCGGACAGCAACGAACCACACCCCGGCGAACCUCUGGCUGAUGGAUCGCCCGGACCUGGUAUCGACAUUUACUAAGAUCGAACUCUGGCGACAAACGCAAUUCACGCGCAUCGUGUACAUCGACUGCGACGUCGUGGCCUUGAGAGCCCCCGAUGAGCUCUUGACGCUCGAUGCGGAUUUUGCGGCGGCGCCAGACGUCGGCUGGCCGGAUUGCUUCAAUAGCGGUGUCAUGGUUCUUCGGCCCAAUAUGCAAGACUAUUUUGCGCUCAGGGCGCUUGCGGAGAGAGGCAUCAGCUUCGACGGCGCCGACCAGGGGCUACUAAACAUGCAUUUUCGCAACUGGGAGAGGUUGAGCUUCACGUAUAACUGCACCCCGAGCGCCAACUACCAGUAUAUCCCUGCGUACAAGCAUUUCCAGAGUACUAUAAGUCUGAUUCACUUUAUCGGCGCUCGAAAACCGUGGAACAUGCCCAGACAAGUGACUCCCGUGGAGUCGCCGUAUAAUCAGCUGCUUGGGCGGUGGUGGGCCAUCUACGACAGACAUUAUCGUCCCGUUGCCACGAUGCCCGCUCACGCUGUAGGCAGUCAGCCUGCUCGACCGCAGAGUAAUCCGCGUGUCUAUCCGCAGAGAUCUGUGAUGGAGCCACCGCGCGUACUGGUUUCUCGUCCAUCUGAAGGCCAAUCUGCGGUUACUUCCUAUGCGCAAGGAUCUGGUUUCCAACAUGAUCUACCGCAGGAAGCACACUCAGAGCCAGAGCCGCCGAUAGUCUCGCAUUCAUCGUACAGCUAUCAUCCACCCCCGCCCCAGCAAGCACCUCGCGAGGAAGCUCCCCAUGGAACAGGCAGCACACAUCGUGUCGAGAUAUCGCAUGUGCAACAUGCACAAAAUGUACAACAUUUACAUAUGAGCCCAGAGCAGCAUCGUCAGAGUCAAGGUGAGCCGUUCCACCAGCCAGCACCCACGCCAGUACCGGAUUCUGCACCGGAGCCACUACCAGCGCCGGUACCGAUCCGAAGUGCUGUUCCGCAGUAUGUUCGUGGAGAAGAACACGUAUCCGCCUACAUUCAACCGCACUCCGACCAGCCAGCUUUCACGUUGCAAACCGAGCAACCUCCCCAUCAGGAUACUAGCUUCCAACCUGCCCCCGCGCAAUCUUCGGCGUUCAUUGAAGUUCCAGUUCACCAGCAGCCAGCGCAGACCUUCUCCGAGCAACAAGAGCAGCCGCCAGCAUCGCCUCCGCCCCAAGAAGAGGUCGAUAUCUUCGAGGCGCCCAAGGCUGAAUGGGAUGCCGCUCGGGAGCCGCCCCCGGUCAACAGCAAGCCCGAGGGAAUUGCACUGGCAAUGAAAACUUAUUCCAUGUCGGAGGAUCAACAACUUUUCCAACCCCCCUCCAAGUAUCCAGAGGCCCCGAAAAAUAUGUGGUAUCAGGUCCCUGCUACAAAACCGGAGCCAGCAAAGGUCACGCAACUCUUCCCCUGGGAGAGGCAUGCGCCGAAACCGACCCGUGUCUUCUUGGAGGACCAACCGAGCACCAUUUCCACUACUAGCGUAGAAUCACCAUCGACCUCUAGCAGAGAAGAAUACAGGCCAUCCACUGCAUCGUGGACCUCAUGGACAGCCGAUGAACCAUCAGCAGUAUCAUGGGACAGCUACUCCCGCUCGAACGCGUGGGACGAAGUCCCAGAGAUACAAAAGUACAUCCGGUCCAUUCAGCAAGCCCGAAAGGGCAACAUUCAGGUGCUCUCCGGAGGGCCCAGCCCGGGAAAUAAGCCCCCCGGAGGGCAAACACCCGAGCAUGGCAUGAGGGGCAUGCGUGUAACGGACUAUCCCACCGAAAUUGAACGUCCCAGCCUCCCCGUAACGCCCGCGCUCAUCAGAAGGUACUCCGGACCAGCUUCAGGCGGUGAUACCACUGACGAACAGUUACCCAUCGCGGAAGGCGUACCAAACCAGGACGACUGGAAUCCGUUGGCACGCCUCGAAGAGCUCUGCCGGCGCCAGUCCGAGGUUUUGGAGAAUCCAGAUUUUCUGCUGCUUGAGCGUGAGCGUAAGCAUGGCUGA